GUUAGUUGAAAUCCACACAUAAACUUUAGGCUCGUGGUGUUUAUAAGAUGGCGGGAGGUCACAGGAGGAGGAGGAGGAAGAGAAGACAAGUAAACAAACCAGCAUGGCGGAGGAAGAGAAGAGCACCAUCACAUUUAAGGACCUCGGUGUGGUAGAUGAGCUGUGUGCGGCAUGUGAGGGGCUUGGAUGGAAGACCCCCUCGGCCAUCCAGCGGGAGGCCAUACCGCUGGCCCUGCAGGACAAGGAUGUGAUUGGCUUGGCAGAGACCGGGUCAGGAAAGACUGGUGCCUUCGGACUGCCACUGCUGCAGGCACUGAUAUCGAGGCCCCAGCGGCUCUUUGGACUGGUGUUGACCCCUACCAGAGAGUUGGCCUACCAGAUCAAGGAGCAGUUUGAUGCCAUGGGGCGGGCGGUGGGGGUGACCUGCGUGGUGGUGGUGGGAGGCAUGGACAUCACCCAGCAGGCAGUGGAGCUGGCCAAGCGCCCUCACAUCAUUGUGGCCACGCCGGGCCGCCUCGUAGACCACCUGCAGAAGACCAAGGGGUUCAACCUGAAGGCGCUCAAGUACCUGGUGAUGGACGAGGCAGACCGCAUUUUGAACCUGGACUUCGAGGAGGAGGUGGACAAGAUCCUGAAGGAGCUGCCACGGGAGAGGAGGACAAUGCUGUUCUCCGCCACCAUGACCAGCAAGGUGAACAAGCUGCAGAGGGCACACCUGAAGGACCCCGUCAAGGUGGAGGUGUCAUCAAAGUACCAGACAGUGUCCAAGCUGAAGCAGUACAUGUUGUUUGUGCCCUGCAAACACAAGCACCUCUACCUGAUCCACAUUUUAAACGAGAUUGGCAACCAGGCCGUUAUAGUAUUCUGCGCCACCCAGCUGUCCACCCUCCGUACCGCCCUUAUGCUGCGGAAUCUCGGGUUCACGGCUAUUCCUCUGUAUGGGAAGAUGACACAGAACAAGAGGUUAGGGGCGCUUAACAAGUUCAAGGCCAAGGAACGAUCCAUCUUACUGGCUACUGAUGUUGCUUCAAGAGGCUUGGACAUUCCUGCAGUGGAUUACGUCAUCAACUUUGACGUCCCGAUGCACAGCAAGAACUACAUCCACCGGGUGGGCCGCACUGCUCGGGCCGGCAAGGCGGGGGUGGCCAUCACACUGGUGUCCCAGUACGAGGUGGAGGUGUACCAGAGGAUCGAGGAGCUGCUCAACACCCGCCUGGAGGUGUACCCAGUCGUCAAGGAGGAGGUGCUGGUGCUGGAGGAACGGGUGGCUGAGGCUGAGAGAUUCGCCAAGAUUGAGAUGGCGCGGCUAGACGAGAAGGGAGGGAAGAGAGGGAAGAAGAGAGCUGCUGAUGAUGACGAUGAGGAGGAGAGCAUGGGAGUAAGGAACCGCAUCAAGAACAAGAACAAACAUAACAACAACAACAACAACAAAAAGAAGAAGAAGUUUAAGGGGAGACCGUAAAGAGAAAGAAAUGGAAAGGAAAGAAAAGAGAAUGUUGUUUAUUUUUCAUUUUUUUUCUAUUUUCUCUCAAUAUGUGACCAAUAAAUUUUAAAUGAAGGUUUGAAAGGUAUCUUCUUUUUUUCUAGGCUAGUUUUCCUUGCAUAUGUCUGGUUGUUUAUGUUAAAUGUCAUCUAUUUAAUUGGCCUAGUUAUUCAAGAGUAUUGUUGUAGAUUCCUAUUAACUUUUAAAAAUGUGUAAGUUCAGAAUUAAAUGAAUGAUAUAUAUAUUUUCUUGUACAGAUAUUCUACUGUAGCAACAUUAUCUUUCUCUUGUUCAGCUCAUUUAUGUUAUUUAUUAUCACACCAGGGUCUAGUUACAGGUGACUCAUUACUUCAGUCCAAGUCACCUGAAUAUUUUUCCCAAUACAAGUACAGUCAUUUUACUACAUACUCAGUCCAAGUCAAGUAUAUGUCAUUGUAUUUAAAUAGAAGUACUUUAUGCGAUAAAAAGAAUUCCUGUCACAGAUUUGUAAAGCACGAAAGUUAGUAGUUUUCUUUUAUACACAUUAAUGAGUACACUGUUGAAAAUUAUGUUCCUUUAUUCUCUGUUACACUCCAAUAUGAUAACACUCAUUAAGCAUAUUUACCCAACAGUAUCAUCCCAAAGUUCACUAGAAUCUAUAUACAGUAUAUAACCUUUGAUUAAAUACAAUGUACUUGCUUGUACUUGAGUGUACUUGGUAUUUUUCAAGUAAUUUGGGUCUAAGUACAAGUAUAAGGACAAGUAACAUUGAAUUUUUAAAGUCCAAAUACAAGUUUAUGAAAAUCUGUACCUAGUCUAAGUACAUAUACUUAAGCUCACCCCUGGACCACACAUUCCUUAAUUUGUGUGUUGUAAUUUUUGUCAGGGUAAUAUUGUUAUCAAAUUGGUACCUGUGUCUCUGUCAUGUAUGUUUUGUUUUCAGUUUUAUGGAAGUGUUCUAAGUUUUGCUACCUAUUCAUGUCUCAGUUUGAAUUUAGAAAAGUUUAGUUAUCCAUGUCUUGAAGUUUAGGAAGUUGAAGUUUUUAGUCAUUUAUUUCUCUGUUCAAGUUCAGGAAAAUUUAAGUUUCAUAAAAAGUUAAUAAGGGCUUCAUAUUUUUCAAGAUAAACAUUCUCUAAAGAUUUC